GUCAAUUCAAAACAUAAUAUGGUCAAAAUGUUCGAAAAUAGAUGCAUCCCGUGAGUCAUAGCGAGUGGCUGCAUGCUCGCAUUUGCUGUCUUACGCCAUAUCGUUUUGUCAAUGGCGGAGUUAACUAGGUGAUAUUAAAUAAGAAUCCUUUAUAAUCUGGUCUCAGAUUUAUACAUCGUGACCAAAUGGAUAGUGAAUACAGUGUGAUGGUGAGCAAUAAAUUUGCUGGUCUUCUAGUGGACGAAGAAGACCCAGCAGAAAUUAUUAAUGGUCCGAAAGAGAAGUCGAAAGACGAAGAUAUCAGUCGCAAAGACACUAAGAAGAAACAGAUUUUCGAGAAGAAACUUGCUAAACCUAGCGCGAAGGAUGCAUUCUCGAAGAAAGAGAAUGUAAAUGAUGAAAAUAAGAAGGACAGUAAGUGUGUGUAUGUUGUAUAAAAAUGCAGCAGAAAUCGCGGUUUGUUUUUGCAAGUCGUGUGCAGGUGGCCUUCUCACAUGUGAAGCACGAAGCCUCCUUAGCACUCCAAACUCGGCCACAACUCGUAAUAUUUAACUGAUUAAUUUGAUUGCUUUAGAUUUAUACAGUUUUGAUAUAGGAUAAUAUCGUUCUGUAUUAUAUUUAAGUACCUAAAGUAUUGUACUUCGUGUAUUCUAAGUAAAACCGUUGUACUUCGAGUAUUUUACGCCUUGAACUUGUAGAAGUUACGUUCGUAAUCGUCCUGAAACAUCGUAUGACAACAUUGUUGAUCAAAUCAUGUUUGCAUCGUUCUUUUUAUACAAAUACAGACCGCAAGGAAAAACAAGAAGAGAGGCGUGGACCAAGACGAGAUGACACAAGGCGUGAAAAUGAGAAAAAUACGCGAAUAUCCAAUGGCCCUGUUAGUCCCAGUGAAAGGAAAAACUUUGAUAAACCUCGUGGAGGUGGCUUUGGCAGGAGACGAGAUAACGAAUCAAAUGAUGGCGACAACAAUAAUCGUGAGGAAAGGAAGUCUGAUUCUGGGGAAAGACGAUCUGGUGGCUUUGGUAAUCGGGAGAACAGGGGUGAAAGAGGAGGUGGUUUUGGUGGACCAAGAGAUGAAGAACGUGGGGGUGGUAGAGGUCGUGGUGGUCGAGGGCGUGGGGGAAGAGGAGGCUUUGGUCGUGGACGAGGAAGAAGGGAAUUUGACAGACACAGUGGAAGUGAUAGAGCGUAAGUGUUGUUCUAACAUGAAGCAGUAUUUUGUCAAUGAAACUAAUUGUACGAAUAGAUUCUAUAACAAUCGGUGCCAAACCUAGUGCUAUGUGAGCUCCAGAACUUGUUCCAGUGCUUUACAGCUUGAGUUUCCGGCUCCUGUGCUGUUUCCAGCUCCGGUUCACAUCACAGAUAAUAUUAUUUGGCUCAACUUUGUCCACAAGGUGACGUGAUGCAGCAUAUCAAAGUGUGAUGCUUGCGAUUUACAACUUUUCCUCAUGUGAUAGAUAGAUCACAGACAUAAUGACUUACUGCAAUUUGGCUGUUUCCAGUAGCCAAAAAUGGCGAAAUGGUUUGACACAACAGAUAUGACAGAAUAUAUGUACUUUCAACAGAUUCGAUGUUGCCAUUACUUAUAACCAAUGCUAAUUCUACAAAAUUACUUUUCUACAAAGCUACUUUUCUUGUCAUUCUGACUUUCCAGCUGGAGCUGGGAGAAAGCACUGCAACUCUGGGUGACAAACAGGGUCUUAGCUAGAAUUUUAGAUCUUUGACGUGUUUCUAAAUUACCAGGGUGUGCACAUGUCAAUUACCUUGGAUAGCCAAAUUCACGGUUCUACACAACGGACAAUGCCUAUGGUUGUUCUAUGCUUUGCAACCAAAUACAAGGCAAGCAUAUACUCAUAUUGCGCACUGACAUUAAAAUAUUAAGUUAUUUCAGCAACUCUUGGGGGUAUUUAAAACCUGAUUUUUAACACCAUACAGUUCCCAUUAUCCAUCAAAACAUUAAAACAUCACGGAUCACGUUUGCCAAUUUCAACAACAACAGAUUUUACAAACUUUCUUAUGACGUAAAUAGAAAGAAAUUCUGCCUGUUGUAAGUAGCACCAUCUUAUUUUAUGAACAUACACGCCCUUAUAUAAAUAAUGAAGCCGCGUUCAUUGUAUCUAGCCGUGUUUUUCCAUUUUUGGCCGUGAUAACACGGCCAACACGGCCCUCUAGCUAAGACCCUGGUGACAAAAAACCUUGCUAGAGCUCCGGUAGGCCUCUGGUACUAUGGUGCAUAGCACUAGCCAAACCAAAUUUGUAAGCACUAAUGUGGUUAGUUUCCUUACAAAGUCGAUCAGUCUGAGUGCAUUGUUGCUGUUUUAGAAGUAUCAAGCCAGAGGAGAAGCGAGAUGGUGGUGGACAAUAUAAUUGGGGAAAAGCCACAGAUAUGAAGUUAGUAUAAUUGUCUUCCUUCUGCAGAAUUUUU